AUAAAUAACAUCUAGCUGAUUUUAAGAAUAUAUCUAUUUAAAUAAAAAAGAAGUUGGUUUUUAUAAUGUAAUGUGAAGAAUAAUUAGAAUAAUUCAGAACAAUGAUGGUAUGAAUGUGUAAUUGUUACACAUUUGAAUCAAAAUUUGUAAUAAAUUCAAUCAUCGAAAAUAAUGUUUAAAUUAACCGUAAGUGACAGAAAUGGAUUGCAAAAAGUGUUUAAAAAUAACAAUUUGCUACAUGUUGCUCAUCCUUCCAUGGAUAAAAGUAGAUGCAAGCAAUUUAAAUAUUAAAGGAAAUUAUAAUCUAGAUAUUUUACACUUGUGUAUAGGAUUAAAAACAUCACAGUUGGAGGUCUGUAGCAGAAUUGAACUAGAGGAUGAUAUUCUAGUUGAUGAUUUAAACUGUAAAGAGGAAGAUUGCAAAAAGAGCUGUUGUGCGAAUAUUAAAAAAUGUUAUAAAGAUAAUUUCUUUUAUAAUAACAGAAUUAACUGUGUUGCUAGAGCGUUAAUUCACGAUACUGGAGAAUGCUGUAAAAUCAAGGAUAAAAAGAAUAUUAAAAGUAAAGUUCUAUAUGUGUCGGGGGGACUGGGAUUAUUGGUUGCUACAACGGGAUUAUUCAUGCUAACAUACAAAACAAAAUCAUCUGAAUAUGGAGAAUCUGAGGAAACAACUGAGAAUCUGCAUCUCACAGAAUAUGACGAAAAUUCUCCGCACCUUAAUGUAAACCAAAUAAUAGCAACUGAUGAAGACGAUGUAUUUUGGCAGGAAUAA